AACCAACAAUAAUAAUUAUUAUUAUUGGUGCCGCUGUUGUUGGUGGCGUUUUUUUUCCCAUUUCAUAGCAAUCACAAACAUUUUUAUGAAAAAUGAUCAAAUAAAAAUGGUUCAUUUCCUUCGUCGUUACAGUACCACGUGACCCGGCUGUCAAACAUGGCCCCUUCCUGCAAGCCGUGAGAGGAGCGACAGCUGACAAAGCGAACAGAUCUACACAGAAACGACAGCAGCUCCUCUUGUCUGAACGCAUGUUCGUCCAGAUAUAGCUGCAUUUAUGUGGUGAGUACCCUUGUUUCUCUUCGUCCGCCAGUGUUUUAUUUUUCCACAAAGCCUUUUGUCGGUUCUCAGCGGCUAACUCGCCACGAUCAGCUGGAUUUUACUGUUAGCUUUGUGACGUCUGAGGUUGCAGCAUCCUCGCUUUAACUACACCCACCGAUCCCGUCUCUGCGAGCAUACAUCCAUAGCAUGCGAAACACACCUACCAAGUGAUGAAGAGCGACAUAAAAAGGAAGUGACAAGCUAUUUUGAACUGCUUCAGACCAUCUGGUUAGGUCAACCCUGGUCCCCCAUCACCCUUUGGGCUCCCCCUCCCUGAAAAUAUGCAGGUAAACCCAGUUCUUGUGGAGUCCGUAGUCAUCCUGGCUGUGGUGCUUUGUGUUCACAUGGCAGUGUGGAACCAGCACUCCUGGUGCUGUGUAGCCCUCGUCAUUCAGGCAUUCUACGUCCAGUACAAAUGGGACCGUCUGCUCAAGUCGGGAGCUGCUGUGUUCCAGUUUCGCCUGUCAGCCAACAGCGGCAUUGUCCCAGCCUCCAUGGUGAUGCCUUUGUUGGGCCUGGUGUUGAGAGAAAAGUGCUCUGCUUCAGGAAAUGUCUAUUUCGAGCGAUUCUCCAUGGUGAUGACCAUCACAGGCAUGGUGUUGGCACUGUUCCUCUCCCUGAUUGCAUUGGGUAUUACGAGACCCGUUCCAACUAACACCUGCAUAAUUGCAGGACUGGCCGGCAGCGCAAUCCUCUACACAACAAAGCAGACCCUGACGGUGUCCGAGGUCAUCGAGGUAUUAGAGGUUUUGCUGAUCUUUGUUUAUCUCUGUUUGAUUGUGCUGUACCUGCUGCCACGCUGCUUCACACCCGGAGAAGCCCUCCUCAUUGUCGGUGGAAUCAGUUUUAUCUUGAACCAGCUCAUCAAGCGCUCGCUGAACAUGGCAGAGGUCAAAGGUGAUCCAGUGAACUAUUUUCUGCCAGUGGUAGUGGUGGGUUCACUGCUGUUGGGUGUUUUCUUUGCCCUGCUCUUCUGCUUCAUGGAGUCUGAGACUUGGGUGUCAUCCCUGUUCUUCCAUAUGAUGACAGCCGUUCUGGUUCUGGGUAUCCUGAUGCCGUGGCUGUCGCUGUUCAUCGGCCGGCACCCCAUCAUGUGGCUUUUGGACUUUCUCACCCUGAAUGACAGAAGACUCUGUUUGCUAGGGUAUUGGGUGUUUCUGGCAGUUGUAGCAACUUGUGUUGUGCUACAUCAGAACUAUCAGCGCCAGUCGGGAUCCAAGAAGUACCAGGCCUCCACUAUUGUCAGGAAGUAUUUCCAUCUGAUCGUAGUGGCCACCUAUGUUCCAGGACUGAUAUAUGACAGACAGCUGCUCCACGUGGCAUCUGUGGGAUGCUUGGCAGUUCUUUUGUUGUUGGAGUAUGUGCGGUACUUUCGAAUCCUGCCUUUCGGCCAGCUGCUCAGACAGCUUCUCACCUUGUUCCUGGAUGAGCGGGACUCUGGUCCUCUCAUUCUCACCCAUAUUUACCUGCUGCUGGGCAUGUCUCUACCUAUUUGGUUGUUUCCUGGACCCUGUGCUCCUAAGGGGAUCCUUACUGGGGCGGGGGGCCUGGUACCUUAUGCAGGUGUGCUGUCAGUGGGGGUUGGAGACACCGUGGCAUCUGUCUUUGGCAGCACCAUGGGGGAGAUCCGUUGGCCCGGGACCAAGAAAACCUUGGAGGGGACUGCAACGUCCGUGUUUGCCCAGAUUAUCGCUGUGGCGAUGUUCCUCAUCGUCGAUGGAAGCAUAAAUCUGAACUCCACCUACUCAUGGAUUGUUGGCUCAAUCACCCUGGUGGCAUUGCUGGAAGCCUACACCUCCCAGAUAGACAAUCUGCUACUCCCACUCUACCUCUUCAUCCUGUUGUUGCUUUAAGUGAACAAAUAGCUGAAACAGAUGUUUCCUAUCUGUCUUUUCUAAGACAUUUUUUGUGGGGAAGCCAAAUUGUGAAUAAAAUAUCUCAAAGAAAAGUAAGUAACCGAAGGCCUUUAGGAUUUAGUGGAAUGGGAAACAAAAAAAACUGAGAGAAAAAAUCUGCUAGCACUUGAACUUGACAGGAGAUAAUGAUGCAUACAAUGAUGCAUAAAGUCAGUCACUCUACACCUCAACGUUGCUAUCAGUAGGUCUAGCACAGGUUAUAAAGAAAUACAAGCCCAGUGUCAGUGGUGGUGUAAGUUUCUGUCCUGAUUCUGAAGAACUCAACCACUGACACCUAUAACUCUUAAAUUAUGCAAAUAAAGAUUAACUUUAGCACAGUGGAAAUGCAUUACUUAAGUCUCACAUGGAAUAAUAUAAAUUGUUUUCUUGAUUUAGUUUUUGUGCAUCCAAUACAUGUCCUUGCAUUGCCUUGGAAAAACCUAAUUCAAAGUUUUCCGUCUUUAUGAACCUUCUCGUUCUUCGAUUGCUACUCUGGACUCCCUGCUGGCGAUAUUAAGGACCUCACGCUAAAAAAAAUGCCUUAAGUGUUUUUUGUCCAACAGGUGAUCAGUUAUUGUAGAAGUUGUAGAUAAAAGCAUGGCAGCCCAAAUCAACCCUUUUUUUUUAUUAUUAUGAAGGGCUGGCUCUCCUUAUGAUUCUGCAUGACACCAAUGUGAACUCCAGUACUGUAAUAUAUAUUUAUGUGCAGGUUUCCUGAGGUAUAUUUCUCUCUAAAUAUUUCAUUUGCCCAGUAUGUUUGUGGUUUAAUUGGACCAAUAUAGGUAAACUCAAAUGUACAUUUUCUUGUAAAUCUGAGCCUUCAAACCACUGUUAUUAUUAUUUGGAAUCUCUAUGUAUGUUUUGGGUCAAACUAAUGAACAAACCUGAGUUUUUAUUUAAAAUGCUUUAUAUAAGUAUUCUCAAAUGUCAUGAUGUUAGAUAUUAUCAUUUAUACAUAAAGAGGCUUCAGUUUUUUGUUCAAUCUUUGAUUUUAGUAUGUGAUGAUUGUUUUAUAUCUAUAUUUUAAAGUUAUGUUUAUUAGGAUAGUAGUAUGCUGUUGGUUUCAUUAUUCUUUCUUUUUCUAAUAAUGUACUAUUGCAUGAUGAGCACAUCACAGAAGAUAACUGUUAUGCCUCCCAUGUGACUGAAUGACUGGACUAAAAAUCACAAAAAUAGACUCAUUUUUAUUUUUAUUCUCAAUUAAAAAAAAAAAAAAAAGGUUUACAUGUUGAUGUUUUCAUCAUUUGGUCUUAAAGUUUAAUUAGUUGAGCUGAAUCUUAUAAUGAACAUGCAUGAAAACAAUAUGUUUUUGCAUUUUGUCACAUUACAAUCACAUUCUAUGCGAUGAACCAACACAAGGCAACAAACAUAAAUGUGGAGUAGAAGGAAAAUAAAAAAUGGUUUUUGAA